UUAGUUUGAUAAGUUUUUAUCAGUUAACCGCCAUAAAAUUAUUUUAGAAAGUGAAAAGUGGAAGAUUUGAGCUCAACGUGUCCUGCAAUGCUGCAUUGCUGGCUGCUGCAGGCUACACUCAAAUACUCAAUUAGUAUUUACUAUUUAGUCAGCAGGCUGCAGUGGCCAAUCGACUCUGCCCAGUGCCCCAGUGUCCACUUGGCAGUUGGUGCCUAGAAGCUUAGCAUAUUUUAGGAAAUUCUUUUGUAGCUUAUAUUUUGUAGUUAGUUGUUAAAUACAUUUGAAAAUUUUCUUAAAUUAUUGGUGAUUGUUUUUUAUAUGAUUUAGGCACAGAAUAGAUUAGGUAUUUAAAUAAAAUAUUUAUUUCAUACUACAGUUUGCAUUAUUGUUAAUGAUGUCUGACUUUGAUUCUAUAAUUGCAUUGCUUAAAAAAUAUGAUCAAGAACAUAUUAUUACAUUUUGGAACAGACUUAAUGAAAAAGAAAAAGAAUUUCUCCUAGAUGAUAUUCGUGAACUGAACAUUCCUGAAGUUGUUGGAAUGUUUAAAAAAAMUUUAGGAACUAUGAGUGCCAAUCAACAAAAAUUGGAUAAUAAGAUGAAUCCUAUAUCUGCUGAAUUAUAUGGUGCUGUAAACCGCAGCCCAAAAGAACUUUUGAUUAAAUAUGAGCAAAUUGGACUUGAACAGAUAUCUCAAGGCAGAGUUGGAGUCUUGUUAAUGGCUGGAGGACAAGGUACAAGACUUGGAGUUAACUACCCUAAAGGUAUGUAUGACAUUGGUUUGCCUUCUCAUAAAUCGUUGUACCGUAUACAAGGGGAACGUAUUCGCUGCCUGAUUAGGCUAGCUAAUAAAGAUUUUGGAUGCUGUAAAGGUUUACCUUGGUUUAUAAUGACUAGUGAACAUACUAUGGAACCUACUCGUAAAUACUUCAAGGAAAAUAAUUAUUUUGGCCUAGAUGAAAAAAAAAUUAUAUUUUUUGAACAAUAUAUGUUGCCAGCAUUUACAUUUGAUGGAAAAAUCAUUAUGGAAAGUAUGAAUAAAAUAUCUAAAUCUCCAGAUGGUAAUGGUGGUAUAUUUAAAGCUUUACGUGAUCGCAAAGUAUUGGAUGAGAUUAAAAGCCUAGGUGUUCAAUACCUCCAUGCUCAUAGUGUAGAUAAUAUAUUAGUUAAGGUAGCAGAUCCAAUAUUUAUUGGAUACUGCAUAACAAAAAAUGCUGAAUGUGGGGCAAAAGUUGUAGAAAAAGCAUAUCCUUCUGAGCCACUAGGUGUUGUAUGUGAAGUUGAUGGGAAAUUUCAAGUUGUUGAAUAUAGUGAAAUUACUGAAAAUACAGCUGAAAAAAGAAAUUCUGAUGGUCGUUUAACCUUUAGUGCUGGUAAUAUUUGCAAUCAUUUUUUUACAACAGAUUUUUUAAAUAAUGUUGCAUAUAAAUAUAAUAGUAAAUUAAAAUUGCAUGUGGCUAAAAAAAAAAUACCUUAUGUGAAUGGUAAUGGAAUUGUAUGCAAACCAGAAGAACUUAAUGGUAUUAAAAUGGAAAAAUUUAUAUUUGAUGUCUUUGAAUUUUGUAAUCGUCUUGCUGUUUGGGAAGUAGAAAGAGAUGAAGAAUUUAGCGCUUUAAAAAAUGCAGAUAUUCCUAAUGGUAAAGAUAACCCUAAAACUGCACGCUUAGAUGUCUUUUCACUUCAUAGAAAAUUUGUUGAAAAAUCUGGAGGAAAAUUUAUAACUGAAAACAUUGAAUGUGAGAUUUCACCUCUAUUAUCUUAUGCUGGUGAAAAUCUUAAGCACUUGGUUGAUGGAAAAAUUUUCAAUUCUGCACUAGAAUUAAAAUCUGCCGAAGAAAUAUCUAAUAAAUAAUAAUAAUAAUUCUAAUGUAUAUUAAAUGAUUGUUUUACUCAUACCUUAAGUGGAGCUAUUCUUUAAGUUUAUUUUAUGAUUUAUUUUAUUUUAACAAGUAGGUAUAAGUUUUCUACAUUCAUACAAGUUGAAUUUUGUUUUUCAAAUGUGUAACUACUUAUUACACAAAAAUGGCCUAAUGUUUAAAAUUUGUUUUAAAUCAUAUACUUUUAUGAGUU